AGGCUGAGUUGCGAUCACUGAUUGCUCUUGUGACCGUAUGCUCUCACUGGCAUAUCUCAUUGAAGUGCUCCCAACUUAGUAGCUUGCUUUACCAAAUUUCACCUCUCAGAACGGGACUCGCAGAAGCAGAUCGUUCCUGAAUUGGCGACUCUAUACUUGCCCCACUCGUUUUCCCACCACGACCCAAGCGUGCCUUGCGCGACCAGCGAACAACAUCCGAGCUGAUUGGACCCAUGUGUGAAUGCAUGAUUCGCAUGAUGCAGAUAAGAGCACCUACGGGGGCGCCCGUGCUUCGAAUUUUCCCGAGGCCAUCUAUGUGAGAAUAUAAAUACGCCAGGGCGGUCAAGCGGCUGCCACUGGGAAGUUGGAUUCCGCUGCUACGACGAUGCGCACGAUCGGACUCGGUGCGCUGCUGCUCGCGGGCUGCUCCGCGGCGCAAGUCCUGGUGGAUUUUCAGGUGGCCGCGCCGCCUGUGGUGCCCCAAGGAGCUAAACAGUGCACGAUAGAAAUCCUCCAGCACUCGUUCGCGCAGUAUGGAGUCUCUGCCAUAGCCAAUUACACUCCUCCCACUGAUUGCGGAACGCCUGGCUCUUGGGCUGCAAUUACCCUGAACUUCACGGUCACUAGCAACGGAACCCAGUACGACCGACUGGGCAUCUUCACGUUCCAGAAUGUCGAGAUCUGGCGGACUUCCACUCCCGAACCGACAUUGCACGGAAUUGAAUGGACAUACGAAAAGGACGUGACGCGGUACAUGCCACUGUUUGAAGAGCCAGGUCUCUUCAUCAUACAGCUGGACAACAUCGUGCAGCCUGGUUUGACUGGGAUUUAUACGUCCGUGCUCCACGCGACCUUCUACGAAUCGUCCUGGCUUCACCCCCCAGCUCCCAAGGCGAACGCGAUUAUCCCCAUUUCAACCAUGUCGAACACGACUGGGAACGAUGCUUCCGUUCCUCCGGGCUUUUCGUUCGAGCCCAACAUCGGCGGCCCUGAUCAGGGACCGUUCCGCGAGGUCCGACUACUGGUGGACGGUCAAGUCGCCGGUGUCGCUUUCCCCUAUCCCGUUCUGUUCACGGGAGGCAUCAUCCCCACGGCAUGGCGGCCGAUCACUUCGUACGGCGCCCUCGAUCUUCCGACCUAUUUCAUCGACGUGACGCCAUUUGUUCCGGUGCUCACUGACGGAAAGGCGCAUAAUUUCACGAUCGAUGUGGCCUCGGCCGAGGCGGACAAAGGUGUCCUCGGCAACUGGUAUGUUUCCGGCAACCUGCAGGUCUUCACAGAUCCGUCGCCGAAGCGGACGACGGGUAAGAUCACGUCGUACAACGUCGAGCCAUAUGCUGAGAGCAGCAUCGUCGGCGCCGUGGGCAGCAACGGGGACGUGAACGUGACCGUCUCUGCGACCCGCAAGGUCUCCAUUUCGUCGCAAUUCGUCAGCGGGAGCGGCAAGAUCACGUUCGUCGAAUGGACGCAGAAUCUGGCGUACACGAACACUCAGAACUAUCUGCAGAACAACUUUGUCCAGAAUGUGUAUCAGUAUACCUCCGGGAGCAUGCUGUCUUUGCACAACGGCCUGCCCGCUGUCCAGGACAAAUUCAACUAUCCCUUCAUCCUGAACUACACGACUUUGUCCUCGGAUGGCAAUUCAUUCCAUUGUGUGAUUGAUCACAGCUACAAUCGUGAUCUCCUCCCUGCGCCUUUCACUUUGGGGUCUUCCAUCCAAGAGCACCAGAUCGCUGGAGGCUAUUUCAUCACAUCCCCGAAUGGAAACACGGGAAAUGGGACGAGCAACAACACGCUGAACUACAUCGACGGCCAUCUCAACACAUACAGCCGACAAGUGGAUGCCGCAUACAACAACAUCACGCUCGACGUGGUGCACGGCAGUCUCGCGCCGCAGCACAAGCCAUGGACGUGGCCGCAGCUGUUCCCUGUGCCCAACUUCACCAAGCCCCGCAUGUCGAGCUUGAAGCUGUCCAAAACCCACUGAGUUUGUAGUUUAGUUUAGUUUGUAGAUGACAUUGUUUGUAGAUAACACGACAUGCAAACAACUGAGACGAACCGGACGCGCUCUACUGUAUCUAAUGCAGUAACCUCCUCCCUGUCCAUUGGCGCUCACGGGCGACCGAUCAGCAGCAGACCGUGUUGAGACGGACACGUGCUAACGAGGCCGGGGUGAGCCGCGAGUCGAGCCAGAUUCGUUGAGAACAUAGGCUCCCGGGGCCACAACAUCCGCCGUGCACGGUCUAGAACAGACCCUGCACAGCUCCGGUCUCAGGGUCGAGCCCGACCUCCCAGAAGCCGGGACGCGUCCCCAAGCCCGGCAUCGUCUGCAUGUCGCCCAGAAUCGGGUACAGGAAUCCGGCUCCCGCGGACAGGCGCACUUCCCGGAUCGGCACAGUAAAGCCUGUCGGGACACCCUUCAGUUUCGGGUCGUGGGAGAACGAGUACUGGGUCUUGGCCAUGCAAACUGGUCGCGUAUGCGAGAUUGCGGUAUCCCUGGGCGGUGUAGGUGGCGAUCUGGGUCGUGGCCAGCUCGCUGAGCUCGAUCCCGUCCGCACCGUAGAUCUCUUUGCAGAUGAUCGAGAUCUUCUCGUCGAUGGGCAGGUCCAGGUCGUACAGGAACUUGAAGUUCGACGCGCCCUCGCACGUCGCGAUGACCGCCUCGGCCAGCGCACGCGCACCAGCGCCGCCCUCGGCCCAGUGGUUACUGACAACGGCGGCAUCCGCGCCCCCAGCGAGCGCCUCGUCACGCACGAGCGCCAGCUCCGCGGGCGUGUCCGACGCAAACUGGUUGAUGGCGACAAUCACCUUGACGCCGAACUUGCGGCUGUUCUGGAUGUGCUUGACCAGGUUCUUGCAUCCCUCCUUGAGCGUGACGAGGUCUUCCUUCGUGUACGUCUCGUGCAGCGCCUUUCCGGGCGUCACAUCCGGCCCCCCGCCGUGCAUCUUCAGGGCCCGCGUCGUAGCAACGAUGACGGUGGCGUCUGGGGUGAGUCCGCUGACACGACACUUGAUGUUGCAGAACUU